UUUCGUUUAUCCGGUAAUCGUAUCUCCGUAAAGACACGAAACGGUCGUGGAAAUCGUCUACGUUUCUUUUUCAUUUACUUUCGUGUAUAUAUAUAUAUAUGUACAUACAUAUCAUAUAUACAUAUGUUAAAAGCUCAUAUACAUAUAUGUGCAUGUGUAUAUAUAUAUGUGUAUCAUUUUUAGAACGAUAAUUACUUAUCGGCAUACAUUUGACUUAUUUUUUCCGUUCAAAUUUAACGAAGAUCUAAAAUUAUAAUGUGUAUAAUAACAUAAAUUAUAGGAAGAAUGCUUGAAAUAUUAUUAAUACUUAAUAAUGACCUAAACUAAUAUUAUUUUACACAACUAUUAAUUUUUAUUUGAAAAAUGACAGUAAUAUGAAAAAAUUUUUCAUCCGCAAGUGAAUAGUGCAUUGAGAACGUGAUGUAUAGUGUGUGUCUACUAGAAUAUAUAAUUUAGGAUCUAAUUUGUGUUGUUUGCUUGGACUUCUUCGGAUUUCGUUUGAAAUAAAUUUAUCUGUGGUGUGAAUUAUAAUUCGUUUCGUGUUUUUUUUUUGAUUGAUUUAUUAUUUAACGAUAAAUUGAUCAAAGAAUUGUUGAAAAUGACUUGAUAUAUCAUUAAUGAACAGUAAUUAUAUAGAGUGUCUACGUGUAUUCAGGUUAUGUUAACAGUAAGGCUAUAGUAAUAGUCUUGCUGAUGUAGGUUCAAAGCUAUAUUCAGGAGGAAGUUUAUAACAUGAUAGAAACUUUAGUUGAAGAAAAUGCCUGGUGUUACUGGGUUGUCUGUGUUGGAGCAUUAUUAUCAUUUCUUGGUCUUGUUGCCGCUUGUAUCUGCAGUUGUCGACGCAAUCAGACUAAAAACGACUUUCCUGGAUUAUGUGGAAUGGUAACAAUUAAUCAUUCUGAAAAUGAUGAUUUCAAUACAUUACCAUCCGUGGAAGUUACUCAAGUUCUACCAGCACAAGAUACGACAGAUAAUGGCAAAAGAACAAGCGGAGCUAAUAGAAGCUUACCAGAUAUACCAAAAGAUAAAAAUAGAGGAGAAGUUGCUACAGAAUCUGUAUCUCAAGAUAUUUAUGAAACUAGUGAAAUAAAUUCUGAAUUGUAUGCUACAGUUCAGGAUACAGAAGAGCAACAAUCUGAAAGAGAAACACAAUGCCUUUCUCAACAAGUUUCUUUAGUUCAAGAUAACUCAACAUAUCAACUUACAAGAUUUACACCAUCUACAUCUAAAAAUGAUGAACAUCCAUAUGCUCAACUUCAAAGUAUUCAGAAAUCUGAAGCUGACCAAUCACAUAGGAAUAGCAAUACUCAAGUGACUAAUGUUGAUAAACCAUCAACAUCAUCAAGUCAUACAAAUGGAAAUCCAGUAGCACCUCCAAGAACUCGGAAAUCAUCAUCUUAUAAUUCACUCCUAAGUGCUGAGAACUCUAACGAUAUACAAGCUGCAAAUGCUAUUUCUGGAGGUGUACAAGCUAAUCAAGAUCUACCAUAUAUGACACCACCUCUUGCUAUGUUACUUCUUCAUCCACCACAACCAUCGCAACAUAGUACAUCACAACAUUUUAGUGGUGAUUCUCAGGAUUCUAAAGGAUAUACAAGUAUAAGUGUACGAGAACCCUUAGCUAAUAUAUUAGCACAAACAAAAGCAGCUUAUCAGCAAAAUCAACCAACACGUUUACCUGUUGAUCCUCAUUAUGCAACUGUAUCAGAUGAUUCAGAUGAAAUGUAUGCAGCUAUUGAUGAACAAGAAAAAAUUUACACUAGUGGCAGUGAAACAUAUGCUCAAAUUCAACCUACAAUAUUAGAAGCAAAUAGAAUUAUACAUAGUGAUCAAAAUUCAUUUAAUCAACAAUUAUUGCGUUCUGAAGAGACACAUACUGCUCCACAACCACCAAGUGUUGAUAGUUUACGUCAUGUUGCUCAUGCUCAUUCAAGACAAGCAUCAUCAUCAAGUGCCAAUAGUUCUAUCAUAAACCCAGGUUCUCCAAAACCAGAAAAACGUCAAGCAAAUUCACCAUUACCUCCCCCACCAGAAGCAGUUUCAGAUGCAUAUGCGGCUGUCGAUAAAAGAGCGAAAAAUGAUGAACGCAUAAGACCUAAUUUAUCAACUGGAAAAUCUCUAGAAGAUAUGUAUGCUAAAGUCAUGAAAAAGAAAAGAGAUGCUGAAGAGCAAAGUGACGGUCCUACGAGUUCUAACAUUUUACAUCCAGAAGUAACACCUUCAAAUAGAAAACUUAGUCUCAUAGAAAUUAGUAGAGCAUCAUGGUCUAGUCAUGAUUCAGUAGAAAUACAAAAAGAAGAACAUGAUACUAUUCAUUACACCAUACCAGCAAAUACUGUUAUUAAUAUUCACACUGAAAUGGAAAAUAAUUGUUUAAAAUUAUCUAGAAUGUCUGAUGGAGAUACAAAUUUAUUAAAUCAAGAUAUUAAUCAUGGUUAUGAAUCUGUGAAUUCCAAAAGAAAUUUAGCUGCCCGAAGUUUUCCUGUUUGUGAUUCUAAUUACGAAAUACCACAUCUUCAAUCUUUAAGAAAUAAUGAUUAUCAAAGUACAUCAGCAUCAGUACGUAAUGGUCCUGAUUUAUUAUUGACAUAUCCUACACCUUAUAAACACAGACAAGUUAGUAACGCAAGUAGUGAAGAUCCAGGAUAUGAAAAAGUUAGGUUACGAAGACGAAUUGAUCUAGAUCAAGAUACAGAUUCCGAGCCAAAUUAUGAGAGCAUGCCUCAUGAUUCGGGAGAACCGAAUUAUGCUUCAGUAUGCCGUCCUGGUGAUAGUGAUACAGAUCCAAAUUAUGAAUCUGUAAGUCAUGGAGAUCCAAAUUACGAAAGUGUAAGAUACAUGAGUGUUGCUGCAUCUGAAGAACCACCAUAUGAACAGGUAAAUAAUUAUAAACCUGAAACAAAUAUUGAUGGAUAUGAAAAAAUUAAAGAUAAUAAUAGUAUAUUUAACUCAGACUAUGAAAAGAUAAAUCCAAGUAAUGCCUUGGAACAAUGCAGUAAUGGAGAUACAGACGAUGAACAGUAUGUUCAGGUAUAGUGUACCUUUUAUAUAUAGAUAUAUAUAUAUAUAUAUAUAUAUAUAUAUAUAUAUACAUAUAAAUAACUAUGUGUAGUAGCUGAUAUUGAUGAGGUUUGUUUAAUGCAGCAUGAAGCUUUCGCAGGUGAAGUUACUGAGUAAACUUUUUAUUUUUAUGAAAUACAUUUUAUCAUCUUGGCUUCAAAGCUAUAAACAGACAAUUUAGUACUAUUUGUAUUUAGUAUGAAACCAUUUUGUGCUGAUGUUUAAAUGUGUUAAGAAAAUGUUACAAAAUAAGGAGGGUAAGACUGAUAGAGACAAACAGUGAGAGUAAUGUACAAGUAAAAUCUGACUUAAUAUUAUGUUUAAUUAUUUUAAUUGGUAGCAUGUUUCAACGGUAAGAUAAAAGACUAUAAAGUUACCAAUAAUAAAAUGCCAUUUAUGUGGUUGCAUAAAGAAUUGACUAGCGCAUAUGAAGUGUGCUAUGGAUUACAUAUAGUUGGAAAUUUAUGGAUUAAAAUUAGCAGAUGUCACGUAAACAUUAUUAAAUAACAAAAUUAUUAUUUCUUCUGUGAAUGGUGCAUGCUGUGCCUUGUUGUAUUGACUACUUUCUAUACAGAAUAUAUUUAUUUUUAUUUACAUGUCACAAACAACCAGGUCACAAAAAUGUAUCCUAUUCUUUAGUCUAAUGAAAUAGUACUCUCAUAGCUUCACAUAAUAAUUUACUGCCACGUAUUGUAAAUAUUAAUUUUAUUUCUAUUUACUAAGUUAAUAUUAAAUUAUAAACAAUUAUUUAUUUAUUAUAUAUUAAUUUUUAUAAAACAAAUUCAUUUUUUUUGUUUUUAAUAUAUGCACAAUAUAUACAUUAAUAUUUUGACGAGUCCUAUAACAUGUAGAUUUAAAUAAACAAAUAUAAGAAAAAAGACUUCAUUGCCAGAGAAUUUUAGAGUCAAAAGAUAUUAAUUUAUUAUACAUUUAUAAUUUUGUAAUUUGAUUAAAAUGUAUGUAUGGUCUUAUAUUAUAGAAUGUAAAUAUAGGUAAAAUACAUACAUUGUUUAUUUAUUAUAAGUAUUGAUUUUAAAUACUUGUAAACUAGAAAAUUCAGUUGUCUUUGUGUUAUAUAAUCAUAUAUUAUUUUUAUUAUAUGUAGUAAUAAUUUCACAUUAUAAUUUGUUUUAUACAGUUCCAUUUAAUAAUGUAGUUCUCUUUCAUAAUAAGAAUGUAAUUUGAAUGUUUUUUCUGUAAAGAUAAAUUUAUGUGCAAUACUAUAAUUUGAGUAUUAUAUAAUACUAUAAUAUAUAUCAUAUAUAUUAUAUAUUAUAUAUUAUAUAUUAUAUAUUAUAUAUUAUAUAGUAUGAAUUAAAUAUUAUGAAUAAUUCUUAUAAAGCUUUGGGUACUAUCAACAUUACUGAAUGCAAUAGUUUUAAGUUUUACACAGAGACUAGUUUCGUAAUAACAAUAGAAACAAUAUAUAUCUAUCUUUAUACUACAUAUAGUAUAAUACAUAUUAUAUAAUACACAUACAGAUAUACAAAGUAAGCAAGAUCAAUUUUCAACACUUUAUAAGAUUAAUGUAUAAGACAAACUGAUUUUUUAUUUACUUGCUUAAACGUUUGUAAAACAACUAGAAGAUUAUUUAGAAUUACAAACAGAAAUGUAUAAUUAUUUUGUAAAUUGGAAAAUGUAGUAUACCAAUAAUAUCAAUUUAAUUAUUUGGUGCUAUUUUUUGUUAUAGUGUUCAAUGCGCUUAUAAUUUUAAUGCAUAAAUAGCUUUAUCAAUAUUUGAAAGGAUAUUUUCAAAAUAUAUAUCUUGACAACUAUUUCCUAACAUAUCUUAUAAUCUCAUAUUUAAUAGCAAAUACAAUAGUAUAUUUUAUUUAAAUAAUAUAAAAUAAAUAUGAAUGUAGAUAAUGCAUUGUACAUACUAGAGCUGCUUUUUUAUAAUAUUACAUUAGAUAUAUAACUAUUAUAUGUGUACAUAAACAUAAUAUUUUAAUAUAACACAUUUUUAUAUUAGAUAUCCAAUUAGACCAAUAGAUAUCUCAGAUUCACUGUAAUUCUUAAACUCUAUUUGAUAAAUUAAUAUAAUGCUUUAGAAAAAAAAUAUAACCAAAAGCAAAAGUAAACUUACUUUUGGAGCAACAUAUAAUGUUAACAUUUUAAUCAGAAAGUAUAAUAUUCCUUUUGUAUUUUUGCCAAAUUUUGGAAUUUUGUAUAAUAAAAAAAAAUUUUUGAAUACAACAAAUUCUUUCCUUUCUAGUUUUCCAAGUCCUACUUUAUCAUGAUAAAUUUUUUAAUCUAAUAUUAAACGCGGCUAUGUGGGAUGUAAAAAAAAAUAUAAAAUUGUUUUAUUAAACAAAUGUAUUUUCAUUGUUGAGGACUCAUACCGUAGACACAACAUUGACAAUUUGUGUGUUAUUAUUUCUAGAUUGGUUAACAAUUUAAAUGCUAACUUUACUACUUAUACACAUUUGUUACAUAUAUUACGGUACAAUUAUUAAUAGUCGUUUCUUCAAAAGUGAUAUUAUUCUUAUCAAGUAACAUUCCAUUAUAGUUUAUAAGUUUUCAUAUAAUAUUGCAUUAAAUUAAUUACUUAUCUUAUAUAAUAUUAAUAGAGGAUGGUAUUAUGCAUUUACUUGCCUUUGAUACUUAUUUUUAUAAAAACUGUAUUUAUGUGGAGUAAAAAAUACUCCUUAAAUAGUUUUUUAACGUGUCCGAUUUGGUACACGAAGUAACAUGUGUUAAUAUACUUAAUAAAAAAAUUAUGUUAUAUAUAUAUAAAAAAAAAUAUUAGACUUAUCAUCUAUAUAUCUUCCCAGUAAGGAUAAUUGUAUGUGGUGUUUGUAUUGAAUAAACAAAGUGAUUAUAAAAGUAGUAGAAUAGUAGUAUUUUAUACCGAGAAAUAAUAAAAAAAAAAAAAAAAAAAAAAAAAAAAAAAAAAAAAAAUUAUAGUCUUAUCAUGAAAUCGAUUUACAAAACGCAAGAGUGAAUUUUACUCUAUAAAUAUGCUAAACCAGCUAGCAUAAUUAACAAAAGAAUAUUUAAAAUUAUUGCUAAUUUAUAAAUUACUAUGCAUCAUGAGUUUUAUAAUUUUUAUAGUAAACAAUAUUACAUUAUCGAAGAGUUAUAUGUUUAAAAUAGAGUUAUUAUUAAUUGUAGAAAUUAUAACGUGUUUAAAAAAUCUUUCAAAAAAAAAUAUUUUCCUAAAAAACAAAUAUACUUUUUUAAAGAUAUAACAAUAAGAAAUAUUAAGAUAUAACUUUUGUAAACCAUCAAUCUUAUCAUGUUUAUGAAUAAGCUGUUAUAGUUAUAAUGUAACUAUAACUACAAAAAGAAUAUAUUCAUAAAUGCAAAAUGUUUGCAUUACAUUUUUUCAUAAAAUAUGAUUACACAUUUUAUUUAACUUAAACUUCUCAAAUUGUAGUGAACGUAUUUUUCAGUAUAUAUGCUUAUUCUGUUAAUUCCUAUUUUAAAUAUCAAUAUUUGGAUUAUAUUUAUUGGCUAAUAUUGGUCCUUGCUUCUAUAGCAAUUUUAUAUUGAUUUUUACAGCAGUUAAUCUUUCAUAGCAUAUAUUCAUGAUGUUUUAAUUAUAAUUAUAUUUUAUUUAAUUUAAUGAGUAUAAUAAAGACCAAAAUUGGCCAAAAAAUACUAUUCCAAUAGCUAACACACUUCUUUGGUCUUUUAAAAUGCAUUCUAUAUAUUAUGAAUCAUUAUGUUUAAUAUAGAUGUAAGUUAUAUCAAUUUUUCCAAAUAAUUAAUUUUUCAAUGGAUUCAACUUAUAAUAAAUAAAAGUAGAUAAACACAAUAACUCUUAUUUAUUGU